AUGAUAACCUCCAAACAAUGCCUGCCAUGGCUAAUGGCAUUAACCAUAACUCUAUUGAGUCUUGAGGCUAAUUGUCAAUUGGCCGGCAAACUAAUACAAAAUCCCUGCGUUAAUAAAGUCACCUGCCACGAUUGUAUACAAACAUUGGAAUGUGCCUGGUGUUCGGAACCGAAUCAUGGCGACAAGCCAAGAUGUUUCUUGGAAUAUACCAAUAAUUUCUGUGAUCCACGUUAUAUACAAAAUCCCAAGACUGUCCAAGAAAUAUUGAUGAUGCGUGAAUUGAGUCGUGGUGGUAGUGCAGCGGCCAUGGGUGGUGGACAAAUGUCUGCGGAAGGUUCAUAUUAUUACAAUGCCUCAUCGAGUAGUUCAUAUUCGGGUUCGUAUAGCGGUUCGGCGUCAUCAAGUUCAUCGGGUGCAUAUGGUGCCUCGGCCAGCAGUGCUAGUGAAAUUGUACAAAUUAGCCCACAAAGAGUUAAUCUUAAAUUGAGAAUAAACGAAGCCCACAAUUUACAAUUCCGUUAUUCACAAGCCGAAGAUUAUCCAGUUGAUUUAUAUUAUCUUAUGGACUUGUCCAAAUCUAUGGAAGACGACAAAGAAAAACUGUCCGCCUUGGGUGAUCUGUUAUCCGAAACUAUGCGUAAUAUUACCUCGAAUUUCCGUCUAGGUUUCGGUUCAUUUGUUGAUAAAGUACUGAUGCCAUAUGUUUCUACUAUACCCAAAAAACUCCAACAUCCCUGUGAUCAGUGUGAAGCUCCUUAUGGUUAUCGCAACCAUAUGCCUUUGAGUACAGAUACCCCCAAAUUCACUGUAAGAAUCCAAAAACAAAACUUUAUAUAUUUUUUAAAU